AUGUCAACUCCCUUUCGUCUUGUAAGGUCCUCACCUUAUUUUGUGCCCAAAUCUUACCGAUACUACCUGGCUGGCCUUACGAGCGCAGCCCUCUUCCUCGCGACGUUUCUCAAUGUUGGGCCCUCCGUCACUCUCGUGGAAAUGGCCAUCGAUCUGUUUGGAGUAAUGCCACCCAACCCAGAAGAUCCGGCCAGUCUAGCACCGACCGAGAUUGCCGUCUUCCAGCACGCCAUCACUAAAACCUCGUACUUGUUUUCCGGUGCAGCGCUCAUGCAAGGGGUGUCUAACCUUGUAUGGAUGCCCCUAGCCGUAAAGUAUGGCCGCCGACCCGUCUACACGUCUUCCUUCGCCCUAUAUCUUGCAACGACCAUUUGGGCGGGCAGAGCAACUUCAUUUCCGAGCGAGCUGGCUGCGCGGCUGCUGAUGGGCUGGGUGUCUCCGGGUCGGCCGAGUGCGUGGCUCCGCUUACCGCGGAGCAGCAGGCUCCGCGGUUGUCGGACUCAUUUCGGCCUCAUUUCGAUUCGUGAGGACUGGCGAGUGAUUUACUACGUUGGCACCGGAAUCCUUGGUCUUCUCGUUCUGUUGAUUGCUCUCUCGAUGCCCGAGACGGCGUACCGGCGAGAAAGCCAGUCCAACCCCGACCCUGCGGAUGAAAUCGGCGACAUUUCCAAGACUGGGGGGCUUGUCGCCCACGUCGAGGGUAGCCAACAGCGUGAGGAAACAGCAUCAAAGGCACCGUGGCGACAGUCACUCAACAUGUUCACCGGUCGCAAAACUGAGGAAAGUCUCUGGCUUAUCUUUAUCCGGCCAGUUGUCAUGCUCGUCAUCCCACCCGUCCUCUGGGCCAUCCUCGUGUUGGGCGUCAAUGUUGGCUUUACCGUGGCCAUCAGCACCAGCGUGGCUUCGUCGUUCACGGUCGUCUACGGCUUCACGACCUGGCAUAUUGGGCUCGUGUGGCUCUCCAACUUAAUUGGAUGUGUGCUCGGUAUGCCCUUCGCCGGGAAGCUCUCGGAUCGCGUUGCAGACAUGUUUACGAGGAGGAAUGGCGGAAUUCGGGAAGGGGAGAUGAGACUACCAACCAUGGUUAUUGGAAUGGUUCUCAUGCCUGUCUCCAUAAUCCUGUACGGCCUCGGUCUCAAUUACCAACUACACUGGAUUGUGCCUACCAUUGCAUUAGGGAUAUUCGGCUUUUGCCUCGUCAUAGUAGGAAAUGUCUCACUGGCCUACACCGUGGAUGCCUUCCGUCCCAUUGCUGGCGAGGUCGUUGUGACGCAGAUGGGCUUCAAACGUAACCCUUACGCCUAUUCUACCAGUACAACCUGA